GCGGAGGGACGCGCGGGGGGCGGGAGCCAUCGCGUCGGAGACCCGGGCCCGGGAGCGCAGAGAGCCAAGCGCGGCGGGAGGGGGCGGGUGCGGAGGCCGAGGCGCGACCGGAGAGCAGAAGGGCCGAGAAGGAGGACGCCCCCGGGCACAGGCUCCCAGGUAGGAACAGAGACCCCAAAAGCAAAGACCUGCCCCUCCGGAGAUAUUUCCCCGGCCAGAGUGCCCUCCACGCGAGUGGGACGAGGACAGACGGACAGAAGACAACGCACCCCCAGGUCGCCUGGGAGAGCCCUGAGCGACCCCGGGAGCGGCCCCGGCUAGGGCGACCUCUCCUUGGUGGGGGGCGAUGGGGACGAGCGCCCUGCGGGGCCUCCUCCUUCUCCUCCCGCUGCUGCGGCCGCGCGGAGCCUCCGCCGGGAGCCUGCACAGCCCAGGCCUGUCCGAGUGCUUCCAGGUGAACGGCGCCGAUUACCGCGGCCACCAAAACCGCACGGGCCCGCGCGGGGACGGCCGCCCGUGCCUCUUCUGGGACCAGACGCAGCAGCACAGCUACAGCAGCGCCAGCGACCCCCAGGGCCGCUGGGGGCUGGGCGCGCACAACUUCUGCCGGAACCCAGACGGGGACGUGCAGCCGUGGUGCUACGUGGCCGAGACGGAGGAGGGCAUCUACUGGCGUUACUGCAACAUCCCCACGUGCCACAUGCCGGGGUACCUGGGCUGCUUCGUGGACUCCGGGGCGCCCCCGGCGCUCAGUGGCCCCAGCGGCACCUCCACAAGGCUCACGGUCCAGGUCUGCCUGCGCUUCUGCCGCCUGAAGGGCUACCAGCUGGCGGGCGUCGAGGCCGGCUACGCCUGCUUCUGCGGCUCUGAGAGCGACCUAGCCCGGGGACGUCCGGCCCCGGCCAUCGACUGUGACCAGAUCUGCUUCGGGCACCCGGGCCAGCUGUGCGGCGGCGACGGGCGCCUGGGCAUCUAUGAAGUGUCGGUGGGCUCCUGCCAGGGGAACUGGACGGCGCCUCAGGGCGUCAUCUACUCCCCGGACUUCCCGGACGAGUACGGGCCGGACCGCAACUGCAGCUGGGCGCUGGGCCCUCCGGGCGCCGCCCUGGAGCUCACCUUCCGCCUCUUCGAGCUGGCCGACCCGCGCGACCGGCUGGAGCUGCGCGACGCUGCCUCCGGCCGCCUGCUGCGCGCCUUCGACGGCUCCCGCCCGCCACCGCCCGGGCCCCUGCGCCUGCGGCCCGCCGCGCUGCUGCUCACCUUCCGCAGCGACGCGCGCGGCCACGCGCAGGGCUUCGCGCUCACCUACCGUGGGCUGCAGGAGGCCACCGACGGGCAGGCGUCUCCCAAGGGCGCGGCCCAGACGCCCGCGGCGGCCCCGGACGAAGCCAACGUGAGCUGCAGCCCCCGGCCCGGGACACCGGAGGCCGCAGCAGGGGCCCGGUUCUUCUCGACGGUGACCGCCGUCUCAGUGCUGCUGCUGCUGCUCCUCUCGCUGCUGCGCGUGCUGCGCGGAAGGACCUGUCUGCUGGCUCCGGGGAAGGGGCGUCUGGCGUUGGGGCCUUCCCGGGGCCCCAGGAGAAGCUGGGCCGUGUGGUACCGCCGGCCCCGAGGGGUGCCUCUGCCCUGUUCUCCUGGAGACCCCCAGGCUGAGAGCCCAGCUGCGGGCUACCGGGCCCUGAGCACCUCCAGCCAGAGCUCCCUGCGGUCGCUCAUCUCCGCUCUCUGACUUGAGACCUGCAGGGUCGUGGGACCCUCGGCCAGCAGGAUGGACACUUGACAUGCCCUGUCGCACCCUACCUCAGUCUUCCGCCUCCUUAAGGGCUCCUCUGGUCACUCGGGGAAGCCAGGAGUCUGACAGGAAGCAUCUGGUGCUCUAAAGGGACCUGGGCCUGACUCGGGGUCCAGAGGGUGGAGCCCAAAUUGCAUGAGGGACCCAGCCCAUGGACACUGGCCCGGGCGGGGCAGGGUCUCUAGUUUCGGAGAUACUGGCGUCCCUCUUGGGAUGGUCCUGGGCAGCUACCCCCAAGAAGAGGUCAGGGGUCAACAAAAUUGGUCAAAAGACCAGCUACAGACUUUAAAUAAAGGAUCUAUUUUAUUAGA